AUGCCGUUUGUCGACACUGUGAUCAAUGAGGUGGACGAAUCCUUUGUGAGGAUCGCGAAUUCUGACAUUGAGGUUAUCCUCAAACAACUCACACAAGAUGAAAAAGUAGCGCUUUUGACAGGCGAGGACUUUUGGCAUACCGUCCCCAUACCUAGACUGGGUAUCCCCUCGAUCCGAGUUUCCGACGGUCCGAAUGGAGUUCGGGGCACUCGCUUUUUCAGCAGCGUUCCUGCCGCAUGCUUGCCAUGUGGAACUGCGAUCGGCGCAACAUUUGAUCGAGAUCUCGCUGUUGAGAUCGGACAUCUGCUCGCCGCAGAAGCAAAAGCUAAAGGUGCACAUGUUCUCCUUGGUCCAACCAUCAAUAUCGCGCGAGGCCCACUGGGAGGAAGGGGUUUCGAGUCGUACUCGGAAGACCCGGUCCUAUCUGGAGUUCUCGCGGGCCACUACUGCAGGGGAUUGAAACAGAAGAAAAUCGGCGCAACUCUCAAGCACUUUGUUUGCAAUGACCAAGAGCAUGAGCGUAUGGCUGUCAGUUCCAUCGUUACUGAUCGAGCGCUGAGGGAAAUUUAUUUGCUCCCUUUCCAGAUUGCGAUCGCCCUUGGUGGCCCAGACGCAAUAAUGACCGCGUACAAUAAGGUGAACGGUGUACAUGCGGCUGAGAAUAAGACCUUGUUACAGGACAUUCUCCGCGGAGAAUGGGGCUGGGAUGGUUUGGUGAUGAGUGACUGGUUCGGAACAUACAGCACCUCCGAAGCUGUGGUGGCAGGUCUAGAUCUGGAGAUGCCCGGCCCUCCAAGAUGGCGCGGUGCUGCCUUGUCACACGCGAUCACAUCCAACAAAAUCCCACUUGCCGCGUUGAACGACCGGGUCAGAGCAGUUCUGAAACUCGUUCAAAAGGCAAGCAAAUCAGGUGUCCCUGAGCAUGCUCCAGAAACCCAGUUAAAUCGACCUGAAGACCGAGCGCUACUGAGAAAGAUUGCGGCGGAGGCGAUCGUACUUCUUAAGAACGACGAUGAUAUUCUCCCAUUAAAUAAGAACAAAAAGGUUGCGGUCAUUGGGCCUAACGCCAAAAUUGCCACCUACUGUGGAGGUGGCAGUUCGGCAUUGAACCCAUACUAUGUUGUGACACCCUUUGAUGGUAUCUCGGCUUCAGCUUUAGGUGGUGUGGAGUUCGCACAAGGUAUUUACGGCCAUCAAAUGCUGCCCCUGCUCGGCAAGCGUCUUCGUACCGAAGAUGAUCUGGUUGGAUUUACCUUGAGCAUUUUCAAUGAUUCACCAAAACUGGCGACCAGAAAGCCACUGGAACAACGGCACGAAACCGAUUCGAUGAUUAUUUUUAUGGACUAUGAUCAUCCGGAUUUGAAAAAGACUUGGUAUGCAGAUGCAGAGGGCUACUUCAUCCCCGAAGAGUCCGGAAUGUACGACUUUGGUCUCACCGUUCAUGGUACAGCAAAGCUAUACGUUGACGGUGAGCUUCUCAUCAAUAAUGCCGACAUCCAACGACCAGGAACUAGCUUUUUUGGCAGCGGGACGUUGGAGGACACUGCAGCCUUGGAGUUACAGGCUGGCAAGAAAUACAAGAUCCAUGUACAAUGGGGUUGUGGCAAAACCAGCACCUUCAGAGUCCCUGGUGUGGUCGAUUUUGGACACGGUGGAUUCCGCUUUGGGGCAUGCAAACGUCUCUCGCCCCAAGAUGGUAUCGCCGAGGCCGUGGAAGUGGCUUCAAAGGUCGACCAGGUAAUCCUGGUUGCAGGGUUGAGCGCCGAAUGGGAAGCAGAGGGCGAGGACAGGGCGCACAUGGCCUUGCCGCCCUACACGGAUGAGUUGAUUUCGCAAGUGUUGGAUGCAAACCCCAACACCGCUGUUGUCAUUCAAAGUGGCACUCCAGUCGAGAUGCCUUGGGUUCACAAAGCGAAAAGCAUUCUCCACGCGUGGUAUGGAGGAAAUGAGACAGGCAAUGGCAUUGCUGAUGUCGUAUUCGGUGAUGUGAAUCCAUCCGCAAAGCUUCCUCUUACAUUCCCUCGACGCCUGAAAGACAAUCCCACCUUCUUCAAUUACCGAUCCGAGGGUGGCCGAGUUCUGUAUGGAGAAGAUGUAUAUGUUGGAUAUCGAUACUACGAUGGGCUGGAAGUUGAUCCACUGUUCCCCUUUGGCCACGGACUUUCCUACACUACUUUCAAACUCUCAAAUCUGGAGCUGAUCAGAGAUUCCGAUAGCGUUUUGCAAAUAAAGUGCAAGGUGCAAAACACGGGGCCCAGAACAGGUGCCGAGGUCCUCCAAGUAUAUGUGGCUCCUGUUUCUCCACCCAUCAAGCGACCUGCCAAGGAACUCAAAGAGUUCCGCAAGUGUUUGCUGGAACCGUUGUCGGAAGAAGUCGUGACGAUUCCGCUGGAUCUGAUUCGGGCAACAAGUUUCUGGGAUGAGAAGAGCGGAAGUUGGUGCAGUCACAGUGGCGCCUACAAAAUCAUGGUUGGAACGAGCAGUCGCGGAGACUUCUUGGAAAGCUCACUGCAUCUGAACGAGACUGUCUUUUGGUCUGGGAGUUGGGAGGUAACGAACUGA